GGGAAUUGAGUUUGACAUGAUUAUGUGUAUUGGUAUAUUGGAUGAAAUUACAUGCAUCAUGGUUUUCAAAAUUGAGUUUUGAACUUAUUUGUUUUCAAGUAAUUAUUUUGGAAAUUUUUUGUUUUAACCAAGUGAGAGAUUUGGUGAAGAAUGAAUUUUGGGUGGAUCAAUCUAAGGCCAAUAUUUCCUUGUAGCUCGCAUGGAAGUUGUGAAAAUGUUCCUACUGACUAGUCGAGAGGAGUGGGGGCGGUUGAUGCAAGACCGCCAGUAUUAGAUUAUGCAAAGAUGAAGAGUUUGGGUGGUAGGGACUUUAAAGGAGAUGUGAGUCCGGAUGCUGUGGUAGAGUGGUUGAGGGAGAUGGAAGAUGUGUUUGAAUAUCUUUAUGCGACCCCAGAGGAAAAAGUACAAUAUGUUGUUUUUCUCCUAAAGGGGUACGCGAGGAGCUGGUGGUCUUCAGUCUCUAGAGUUAAUGGUGAACGAGUUCAGUUCACCUGGGAGGAGUUCCUGAAGGCCAUUAAGACAGAGUUUCUUCCCGAAGCUUUUAUCAGGGCAAAGAACAAUGAAUUUGCCAACCUUAAGCAGGAGAAUAUGACAGUUACUGAGUACACCAUCAAGUUUGUUCGACUGCUUUACUUUGAGGAUGGGUUGGCGGAUACUGAGCAUAAGAAGAAGAUGAGAUACUUGCAUGGUCUGCGCAUAGGGUUGAAAGAAAAGAUCCACAAGGUUGAUGAAGAGAGUAUGGCCACAAUCAAGGAGGCAGCACUUAAGUAUGAAGCCUAUGAAGUUGAGAGCCGAGAGGAACACAAGGCCAAAGAAGAGGAGAAGAAGAGGAAGUUUGGAGUAAAUUAUGCUGGACCUCGUUACCCAAGGCCAAAAAACUUGACUCACUCCUACUGUCACCCUAGAAAAUGGCCAAGUGAAACCACUUCCUAAGGCGUAGUAUAGCGGGUUUGGGUUUUAAUGUCAACCCAGGUCCUAGAUUUGAUGACUACUCGGUGAAUUCUUGUUAUCUAGCAAUGAAACUUUAAUGCAAGUCUAAACUAACAAACAAGCAAAGCAACUAAACGGUUGUUUUCAGGUUAAGAGAGGUCACCCGGAUAUGGUUCCCCCUAGACUGCAGUUAAGCAGGAUUGCAAUUACCAAGUUCAGUUUCUAUAAUAGUUAUACUGCGGAAGGUUCUUAAAUAGCCUGAAGUCUCGACUAAAGGUCUUCAGACACUCUCAAUCUGAGUCUCUAGCGGGCGACUAACCUCCACCGGAGUAAACAGAUUGAGGCCCUAACGAACAAAACCUCCACUACCGAAGUGAAUUCGGUACAGAAUAGUGCGUUGGCUCCUCGACUAAAGAAGCCAUUAAAAACCUUCCAUCUUUAGGUUUACCCUUAUAGUUGGACAUUGUCUCAUCAUGAGAAUGGACUUUGAAUAAUUUCACAAUGUCAGA